GUAGGCCUAGGGGUCGGGCCUGCAACAAGUUAUCAUCACAGACAUGGGCCAAGGAGCCAGAGGCCGUCCGGGGUCUGUGAGUUGAGCUUGAAACAGCAGGAUGAGGGUCAUCAUGGGAACAGCCAACCUGAGGUCCCUCUGGGCAAUAUUCCUGCUUCCUCUUGUGUUUGGGGUCCCCACAGAGGAGCCUACCUUUGGGGAAUCUGUGGCCUCCCAUCUCCCCAAAGGCUGUCAACGAUGCUGUGACCCUGAGGACCCGCUGUCCUCUGCCGACACGGUCCAUGCCUCUGUUCCCCCCUAUAUCCUGCCUGAGGUCAGGCCGUACAUCAACAUUACCAUCCUGAAGGGUGACAAAGGGGACAGAGGCCCUUCAGGAACACCAGGGAAGCCAGGCAAGAAUGGUACCCGAGGGGACCGUGGCUCUCAGGGUAUCAAAGGUGACAAGGGGCAGGCAGGUAGCCCUGGCAGCUCAUGCCAGACGCAUUACUCAGCCUUCUCUGUGGGCCGCAAGACAGGCUUGCACAGCAGCGAGCACUUCCUCCCAGUGCUGUUCGACAGGGUCUUCGUGAACACCGAUGGCCACUUUGACAUGGCCACUGGCCGCUUCGUGGCUCCCCUGCGCGGCCUCUACUUCUUCAGCCUCAAUGUGCACAGCUGGAAUUACAAGGAGACCUACGUGCAUAUCGUCCACAAUGAGCAGGCGGUGGUGAUUCUGUACGCACAGCCCAGUGAGCGCAGCAUCAUGCAGAGUCAGAGCGUGAUGCUGCCGCUGGUGCCGGGUGACUUCGUGUGGGUGCGUCUCUUCAAGCGGGAGCGGGAGAAUGGCAUCUACAGUGAUGACGUGGACACGUACAUCACCUUCAGCGGCCACCUGAUCAAGGCAGAGGAUGACUGAGCCCCGGCCCGCCUUAACAGCUGGGUAGCUGGUGGGUGGACUGGUGGCUAGGGCAGGUCCCGUAGGUCUCAGGGCUGGGUCUGCUGCCCUUCAUUCCUUCUCUCCACCUCUCUUCUUCGUUUUCCGAUACUUUUGGGCUUACGUAUUCCAGACUUUGCCAGGCUCUCCUGACACUCCACUGUGCUACUUGUCCAUGGGGACUCUAUUAUCCGAUAAUUCUGGCUUCAUAUUUGGGGUAGACCCAGGAGUCUGCAUUUCUAGUGAUUUCCUCUGUAACAUUGUGGCUAUAGGUCUAUGGAUCACACUUGAGGAACUGUGCUUUCUAGAAUGUUCCCAGCAUUCUAGGGAACACUCUAGAAUUGCACCCCCCCCAGACUAUAGCAUUCUUCCCGUAUCCCCUGGCUUUCUCCUUCCCCGUCCUCCCCCACCUCUGACCUUUCCCCUCCUCCCUCUUUCCAGCCACUGUCCACUUGUGCAUUCAUCUAAUGCUGAACGUUCACUUGGUCUCAGGCCUUAGGAAGGCCCAGACGUGGGUGCUAAGACACAAGCACAUACUGGCUGCUCCUCUAGACUGGGUCCGCGGGCACUGUGGGCCCUGCUCCUGUGUGCCACAGGUCCUGGAGAUGGGGCUGAUGUCCCUUUCACAGUCUCCAUGUUCUUGCCCAGUGCCCAGCGUUAACAUAAAUAUUAUAGGUAUAGUCUUAGCUUAGAGGAGACCUAGGGGUUUAGACACACCUGGGAUGAAGGGGCAUCUGGGAAUCAGAGCCCGCUCUCUUCCCUGACCUUUGAAGACCCCUCCUUUCUGCCUCCUUUCCCCGUUCUCCAUGACUUUAGCCAUGGUUAGACCAUGUACUAGUGCUCUCUGGUCCUUCUGGCUCCUCAGAGGCCCAGGCUCACACUGGGUUUAUGAAGGUGCUUAAGCCCCCGUCCCCCUGGAGGUGGCUCCAUUUCACAGCUUCUCCUGCCUGCAGUACCCUUGCAGACAUUGUGGGCAGGACAGGCAGGACAGGGGUGGCAGGUUUCAGCCCAAAGCAGGUCUGGGGACUGAAGCCAGUGACAUUCAGGUUACCCGGGGGCCUUCUCUGAGCCAUGCUGCCAAGACAGACCCUGGGGGAGGUUGUGGAAAAGCAAGGGACACCAAGACCCCCAUGUCUUUCCCAGGCUGUGUGGCCUGGUGGCCCUCCAACCUUCCUCUCUUCCACUGUAGCCUGUCCAAGCUUCUCAGGGGAAGGUGGCCUCCGUCCAUUGGUGCUUCUGCAGAUCCAGGGCAGAGCUGGCCCUGGGAGGGCAUCUCUGGUGCUAACAGCCGAGGGAGCUGUGGCAGGGUGACAGAGGCAAGGCCUGCCAUGUGCUGUGAAGGCUGGUUCUACAAAACCACCCUCAGCCUGACUGUCCUUGCCUGCUUGGCCAGUGUGAAUAAAGAUAUUGGAUUCUCUUGGCAA